AUGGGAACUGUGGAUAUUUUCAAUGGCUACAAGAUGUAUAAGUGGGGUGAGGCGAGAUCUAAACGCGGUGAGGAGAUAGCGACGAUGGAUGUUAUAAUUAGACAGUUGGAACUGAGCAAGGCUGGUCCUUCCAAGUUAGGAUUUGAUGGAGAAGAAGACGCUUGGGUCUUUGUUAAAAAGCAGAGACUCUUCAUUGUCUCGCCUUCUCUUCCACUUCCUCAACAACAGCAUUUCACUUUGGAGAAACCUGCAAUAUCUCCUCAAUUAGAAGCUGGGUUUAGAGAAAGCAUGGAGGUUACGCAAGAUAGUACCUUUGUUCACACUGUGGUGCCUUCUCUUCCUCUGCCUGAACAUUUCAUUAGGCAUAAGCCUGAAACUUCUGAGUCUCAAGCUGAAUUAAGAGACGUUCUUGCGGAUCCGCACAAAACUACUCAUAAGCCUGCGUCUUCUCAGUCACAAGUUGAGUUCAGAGACGUCAUGGAGGAUACGCAUGGAACUACUCCUCUUCAAACAGAGAUGUCUUCUCUUCCAUUACCUCAACACUUCGUUCUGCAGAAGCCUGCUGGAACUUCUCAGUCAAAAGCGGAUACACGCAAAGCUACUCUUGUUCACACGGUGAUGCCUUCUCUUCCUGUACCUGAACAUUACAUUCUGCAAUUUGUUUUUAAUAAUAUAAGUGAAAAGAAUAUGAUAUAUGAAUUCCUUAUAUCUUUUUUGUUUCAAACUUUCAAGUAUUAUCUGCAAUACGAUAAAGACUAA